UUAACGCAAUACAUGUGCGUAGCGUAAUGUGUGAGCGUGAGCGUUUUACGAAUUUUGAGGUUGGAAUGUAAAAAUCUGUAAUCACAACAUUAGACAUAUAUAUAUUUUUUAUAUACCGAUAUAUUUUCUUACACCAAUGAAGACAAACGUUCGCACAAAGGGAAAGACGGCUGAAUCGAAAGUGCGAAAGAUUAAAACAAAACUAAAAGCGCGGAAAGCUCGUGAGAAGAAAAUGCGUGCCGCUUGUAAGAACACAUUUGCUAGCAAAGAUACCGCUGUCAAUUUGGUAGAUGAUGACACCUGUGCCAAUGAUGUGCAGAAUAUUCCUUUGCCAGGCGAGCCAGCCUGUUCUUUUAGAGAGAGACCAGCCAAACAGGCCAGUUUUAAACGCAAAAAGGAACACUCCGACAAUAAAAAAACUGUUGACGAAACUUCUGAUAUUCAAUAUUUUACAAAUGAUUCCAUAGAAUCGAACGAUCUCGAGCAGCAGGCGAAUGGAGAAAUAGAUGACAAUUGGAAGUUGGAUAAUUCUGAGGAUGAGGCGCAAGGGGAUACGGAUGACGAUUGUACCCAGAUUGCUUCCAAAGAGAAAAGAAUUUUAGGUUCACCCCUUGUGAUCGACAUGCUCUCGGACAGUGUCACCUCGAUAAAUUUGCCACAGAUAUUUGAACAGGAACAAAGGACAAGAUUAGGGGAAACGAUUUGUAAUGAAGCCUUCGAGUUAAAUGCGUUGUUCAAUAAGGAUGCGCGCAUGACAGUUGCCGAUCCCAUAAAUUCUAAGUACGACACCCAUAUGCGAAUUAAACAUCUAAAACAGGCGUCAUCUGUGCCAUCGAGUACAGCUAAAAAUGAUGGAAGCAAAGAGGCUAGUGAUAACAGAUUAGAAGACACCAAUGUUAAUAAUAAUAUAAGCAGUCCUAUGCGCAGAGAACUCGUCAAAGACGGAAGUUCUACAUCAGAUCGUAGUAGUGAUAUAGAAGCACGUGGCAGUCCUAACUAUAAAGUCAACUCGCGUCGACGUAGGGGUAAUCGAAAGGCACCGAAGGUUUACUGCAUAAGAAACAUAGUCAUCGUUAUAAUGGAAAGUGGGAAUAGACUCUGCUUCACCGGCAAGCUGUUAGUAAAAGUAUUGUACGGCGCGGUGAAAAUUUACGGUUCCAUACUAAACAGUUCGACCGGUCCCACAGAAGUGUACUCUCCGCGUGGAUACAGUAAUAUCGCCAUAGAGACCAGCGAGGAAUUCCCGGAAGGUAGUGUCGACGAGGUGUGGACGACGCUCGCUGCUGAGGGCAUCACUCGAGAUUUGGAAAGCGAGCUGCAGGUCAACGUCGAUAAUGUCCGACCGGGAAUGGCCGUCCUCGUGCUGCAGAAUUUCGAGAAUAAUCUGACGCUCUUCCUGAAAACCCACUUCCCGUACUUCAGAUUGUUCCCGAACGUAAAGAAUCCUCAUUAUUUUUCGUGGACAGAUCCCAAGCGAGCCGAGAUAAUACUGCAGUCGAAUCUGCGUCUCGAGCAAAAUGACGAUUUUAACUAUAGACGAUUGAUCACCGAUCCCUGUAUCACCACGGACGUUGCGGAGAAGAUGCUGAGUCGCUGGCGCGCGAACGAAUGGUCUUGCACGCUGAUCGCCGGCGGUAAAAACGUUGGCAAGUCCACCAGCGUGCGAUGUCUGAUCAACAGCCUGUUGCGCACGUCGGAGAAGGUGGUUUUGGUGGACGUAGAUCCCGGACAGGCGGAGUGUACGCCGUCCGGCUGCAUCUCGUACAGCUUGAUCGAAGAGCCGUUGAUGGGGCCGAAUUUCACGCAUCUGAAGGCGCCGGUUUACCAGCUGUUCAUCGACGACAUAAGCGUCAGCCGAUGCGUCACGCGCUACUUGGAGGGCAUCAAGAUGUUGAUCGAGAGAUUGAAGGAGUCCCCCGUCCUGUCUCGUUUACCUAUCGUGGUGAACACGAUGGGUUUCACGCAAAGUCUCGGCUGGGACAUCGCGAUCUUCACGAUAAAACUGAUCAGGCCGUCCAUCAUCCUGCAGAUUAUGUCGUCGAAAAAGAAGAACAAUUACAACGACGUUCUUAGUGCGGAAGUUGUAAAUAAACAGGAAUGCACAUGGACAUUCUGCGACGAGAGAUUCAUCAAUUGGAAUAGGCCGUGCGAGCACGAUUUAUGCAUAAUCUACUCCCAGGCGGAGACCGUCGCAGCGCGGACGAACGAGUGGAACAUGCAGCCGUAUCAACAACGCGAGCUUGUGAUGAUGUCUUACCUCAGCGGUAUCGUGCGUGAUGAAAACGAUUCCCUCCAAUACAACACAGGACCAUCACUCAGUAUUAAUGAAGCAGUGCCAUAUACGGCGCCCUUUUCUUCCUUACGCAUUAUACCACAACGAUUAUUCGGGGUACCUGCGUCACGUGCUUUAAGUGUCAUAAAUGGUAAUAUUGUAGCGCUAUGCGGUAUCGAUUUAACGGAGGAAUCUGCGCAAGAGUCCGAAGGCAUUUCCAGUCUUCGAGUACUGACCCAAAGAUCUCCUUUAUGUACAUGCUACGGGUUCGGAAUAAUUCGAGGUGUCGAUAUGGAACGACAGGAAGUAUUCAUAAACACUCCAUUGCCGCUAUCGAUGAUGCAGCACGUUAACUGCUUGGCGGGCUGUAUUCCAGUUCCUCCGGCAUUGUUGCAAUUGCAUCAGGGCGCUCCUUAUGUUGGUGGAAACGCAGCAUUACCGACGAGUCGCGAACCUCGCAGAGGAUACUUCCGAAUGAGAUAUCAAAAUAAACCGAGUAAAUCACAAUAAGUCAUGUGAAUGUACAUAAAUAACACAGAUCUUGGGAUAAUUUACAAAUGCUUGUCAAUUUCCUGUUAAAUGGAACAAGAGCUUUUCACAAAUGUAUUAUACUUACAGACAUAAUAUUUUGUUACAUAAUUAUAUUAUUUUGUUUCAAAUCAAGUUUGAAGGAAAGCAACUAUAUAUAUAUAUACUAUAUGUACAUAAUAUUCAUGUGAAUUUAUCUUUUCAAGAUUGUUAGAUAACUAUCUUAAAGAGAGAGAGAUAAAUUCAUAUUUUAGACGCAGAUUUUUCAAAACGCAUUUCGAAAUGAAAUAAUGUAAUACAUAAAUACAGAAUGAUUAUUAAACCGAUUAUUGUAUGCCCAUAUCUCAGGCGAAGUGAAUAUAGCGCUCAAAAGAAGAAAAGAUUUCAUAAUUAAUAAAGAUCUAUAUUCCCUUCUGA